CUGUAAAUGUGACCCAAUGACAAUAUAAGCUACGUCUUCAGCCUGUCAACCUGCUCCAUGUCAAUAAAAUGACACACACUCCAAAGUGUGCCAGCCACAGCCGUCAGCUGUUUCACAGUGCCUGUGACAAGAGGCCUGUUUUUUUCUUGGUACAAUGGCAUCAUUGAGUGAUUCCUCCUGGUCAGAAUUCAGAGGGCAACAAACAAACAAAUCACCUCGUAGUGUUAAAACCAGACCAUUAUGUGACUCCUGCAUUAUGUCCCGUCCAUGCAGCUCUAGCUUGUCCUGGGGUUUUCUUUUCUUUUUACUGGCUCUCAACCCACACCAUGCCUGGACUGCUCCAGAUUUCUCUGAUUUCCUUCACACAGUGUUGAGGAACCACACGGCCCAUGCAUGUGAGGGAGAGACCCUGACCAUCAGGUGUCCCUCAAAAACCUCAGUGGCUAUUCUGUCUGCAUUCUAUGGACGGCGAAUACCAAGUCAGCACUUGUGCCCCAAGGCAAACGAAAACGUCACAGAGGAAAGCACAGAAUGCACGUCCGCCAUCGCCAUACAGAAAGUGGUGUCCGAGUGCCAGGAUCGGAGGGCAUGUCAGAUUCCUGUGGCAAGUCCAGUGUUUGGACAAGAUCCCUGCCCUGGAACCAGCAAGUACAUCCUGGUUUCCUACAAGUGUCGGCCAGCACAUCAUCGCUUGCGGACAGUGUGUGAGAACGAGAGGCUGAAGCUCGCCUGUAAGAACGACACUGUCCUGGCCAUCUACUCCGCCACGUUUGGCCACCUGGAGCAUAACACCCCCGUAUGCCCUCAAGGGGUGUAUGUGAAGUCUGACAUGGAGUGCUUGUCUCCGUCAGCCUUGAGAAGGGUAUCAAGGAAAUGUCAUGGAAGGACAAAUUGCACUGUGCUGGCCAAUGUGCAGAACUUUGGUGACCCCUGUUUCCCUGGCACCAGCAAACAACUGCGAGUGUCUUUCACAUGUGUUCCUAGGUAUUUGCUGGAAGAUAUGGGACGUGGAGGUGCAGAUCCUUUCCGAAUCUCUGAUUAUACACAUGGUGGCUGGUACACUGGCCCUGGUGUGUACAGACCACAAAACAUUUUCACCAACUCUUUGGAAAUCUUUGUCCAGAUCCAGGGGCUUCCAGAGACAGUGGCUCUGUACUUUGUCUCAGGCAUAUGUGCUGGUUUGGUCUUCCUGCUGUGUCUGUUCGGUGUGAAAUCUACGCUGGUGCGGGAUGUGAAGGACUUGAUGUCCGAUCUAGAGGAUGAGAUCAAGACUGCACGCAGAUCACGCCAUGGGCUGAUCAGUGAUGACAAUAUCUCCUUAGACUCUUCCUUUCCUCGCCUUACACACCCUUACCGUGGAGCUGACUUGUUCAGCCCAGAGAUGGUCAUGACAGUGGUUAUGGAGGAGAAGAGAGACGAGGACAGGGACAGAGCAGAGGUGCCAAAUGGAGACAUUUGGCCACACUGCAAUUCCAGCCCCUAUGCCAUCCAUAAGACCAGGCUUUCAUCUGCCUGACUUUAGAAAUGAACACACACCAGUUAUGUCCUUGCUUAUUGUACUACUUGUGAUUGAAAGUUUUGACCAGAAAACAGUGAGAAGUUUGUGAUGUGUAUUGAUUACUUGUUGAUUUGUACUUGUUUACUUUAACACUCAUCUAUAUUAUUAACAAGAUAAAAAUUAUAUUGUCAUGCAUCCAUUCCAAUACUUUGUCUCAUAAACCAUUGGAAGACUUGCAAGAUGAAUAACUGUUACAUAUAAUAAACGAGUUAAAAUAUGCAGUAUAUUCAGUAUUACUGUUAGUUGUGUGUCAGUUACUGAACAUACGUAACCUUCUAUAACCUUAUCUCUUUUUGGGACACAAAUGUUUGUUUAUUUGCGAGAGUUUUUUUGUAAUGUAAUGUUUUGAUGAUAAAUCAAAGAAUAAAAUUAAAUUAAAAACCCAAAA